GGGUGCACACCGUUUUUUUUUGUUUUUGUUUUUAAAGGCGGGCAGAGGGAUGGUGGAUGUGCAAGCAAAAGAACGGAGGACAGAGCGGAGGUGAGCGAAGGUGGAGGAAAGGGCAAAGAGAUGGCUGAUGUGCCGGCGCUGGAAAAGGUGGAGGAAAGGGCAGGGGGAUGGCCGAUGUGUGGGCAUCGACAAAGGUGGAGGAAAGGGCAGAGGGAUGGCGGAUGUGCGGGCAGUGGACAGAGGCCAAAGCGGAGGUAAGCGAAGGUGGAUGAAAAGUUGGCGGAGGCGGAGAGGAGAUGGCGGGAAGAGGUGGACCGGAGGUGGCGGAGGCGAAGAGGAGAUGGCUGGAGGCGGCGGACGGGAGAUGGCGCGGGCAAAGGGAUGGCGGAUCAAAGGCCAGAGAGGAGGUGAGCGAAGGUGGAGGAAAAGUGGGCAGAGGCAGAGAGGAAAUGGCGGGAGGAAGCGGACAGGAGGUGUCAGAGGCGGAGAGGAGAUGGCGGGAGGAGAUGGCGGGACGAGAUGGUGGGACGAGAUGACGAGAGGAGGCGGAUGGGAGGUGGCGGAGGUGGAGAGGAGAUGGCGGGAGGAGAUGGAUAGGAGAUGGCGGGAGGCGGCGGACGGGAGGUGGCGGAGGAGAAGUGGCAGAGGAGAAGUGGCAGAGGAGAAGUGGAAGAGGAGAAGUGGCGGAGGAGAGUUGGCAGAGGAGAAGUGGCAGAGGAGAAGUGGCGGAGGAGAAGUGGCGGAGGAGAAGUGGUGGAGGCAAGGGAGGAAAGAGAGUGGAGAUGGCGGGGGGAGGCGGACAGGAGGCGGGCGAAGACGGAGGGGAGGUGGGCGGAGGUGCGUGAAGGCGGGCAGAGGUGUCGAGAGGCGGAACGGGAAGUGGGCGGAGGCCGAGCGGAGGCCAGGCAUAGGUGAGCGGUGGCCGAGGCCAAGGAGAAGAGGCGAAGACGGGGGAGGAAAGAGAGGAGAUGGAGGGGGGAGGCGAAAGGGAUGUGGGUGGAGACGGCGGGGGGGUGGGCGGAGGUGGGCAAAGGCGAGCAGAGGUGUGUAGAGGCGGAACGGGAAGUGGGCGGAGGCCUAGCGGAGGCCGGGCGGAGGUGGGCGGAGGUGGGCGGACGUG